AUGACCAUGGGCAAGAUCAUCUUCUACGAGGACAGGAACUUCCAGGGUCGCCAGUAUGAGACCAGCAGCGACUGCCCCGAGCUCACCUCCUACCUGAGCAGGUGCCACUCCUGCAAGGUGGAGAACGGCUGCUUCAUGGUCUACGACCGCCCCAACUACAUGGGCAACCAGCACUUCAUGAGGAGGGGCGAGUACGCCGACUACACCAGCAUGAUGGGAUUCUCCGACUGCAUCAGGUCGUGUCGCACCAUCCCCAUGCAGAGGGGAUCCUACAAGAUGAAGAUCUACGAGAGGGAGAACUUCGGCGGUCAGAGCCAGGAGCUGAGCGAAGACUGCGACAGCAUCCGGGAGCGUUACCGCAUGAACGAGUGCCAGUCCUGCCACGUGAUGGACGGCCACUGGCUGAUGUACGAGCAGCCCCAGUUCAGAGGCAAGAUGAUGUACCUGAGGCCCGGAGAGCACAGGAGCUUCAAGGACAUGGGCAUGAGCGGCAUGAGGUUCAUGAGCAUGAGGCGCAUCACUGAUUCCUGCAACUGA